UUUGUCUGUCCUCUAUUUAGCACACCCCAAAGUAUAAACCCUAACCCUCUUGAAUCUUCUGCGGCGUGCCGAAACUCGACCCAAAAAUUAUCAUCGGCAGCAGAACUCUGAGAAAAAUGGCAAAAUCAUUGAGGUCGAAGAGAGAGAAAAGGUUGAGAGCAAUCCGAAGAGAAAUUGUUGAACCUUUUUACGAGAAGAAAGAUGCUGCCAAGCUCGCCGCACAAGAAGCCGCUAUGGCAGCCCCUAAACUCCCUACUCGCACCACCACUACCACUUCCAUGGAUCUCACUUCCUCUGCACCUCCCUCUUCCUCCAACGCCAUGGAUGUUGAUAUGGCUGACCGCAGUCAAGGAAUUGGGCACUUAAAGCCAGUUGGUGGAGUUGGGAAGAAGUUGAAAAAGAAAUUGAAGAUUGGGAAAGCAAAGAAUCGUGGCAACGGCAAGAUCAGAAGGAAACACAUUUAAGAAUUAUCUCAAUUUCAAUAGAUGAAGUUCGCUCUUCAAAGCUUACAUCACUUGCUGACUAAAUUUGUUCAAAUACAGCAUCUGGUGGAAGAUGGCCCUUUUCUCUUUUUCAUUUGUAGCUAGUUUUAUCGAUUUGUGUUCCUAGUAAUUUGUCUUAUCUUUUUAAAUGUCACUUACAAAUUGGUUUUUUAGGGAUGAUGGCCGUAGAAAAGCUUAUGAUUGUAAAAGUGGUUAUGUGAUUGAAAAUUUUGAGGUCUUUAAGAUGA